CUAUGUCUGUUGCUGAAGAUUCUCAAGCUGAAUUAGCAAUGGAUUAUGAUCGAUCGAAGGAGAUAAAGGCUUUUGAUGAUACAAAAGCCGGUGUUAAGGGACUUGUUGAUGCUGGAAUUGUGGAAAUUCCAAGAAUGUUCAUUAGGCCAACUGAUGAACCUGCUGAGGUAUUGAUUCAGGGGAAGUCAACUCUACAGGUUCCAGUGAUUGAUAUCAGUGGCUUAGAAGUUGAAGAUGCGUGUAAGAAGAUUGUCGAUGAAAUAAGGGAAGCAUCAAAGAAGUGGGGCUUUUUCCAACUGAUAAAUCAUGGGGAAUGA